GCUAUCUCGUUCAUUAAAAUUGAAGUUAACCAUCUGUUGAGUCCUUCGGAUAUAUUUUCGGACCAUUUUGUAUUCAUGUUAUUUAUACAUUAAAUAUCGUUCACGUUAAUCCGGAAGGACAGCAGCGCGACGACAUUACAUAGGUUACAGCACAAAACAUAACCUCAAAGUAUCUUUUUUAUUGUAUCUAAGAGUGACUUCGGUGAGGUAUGUUUGAGAUAGCCCAUUGGACAUUGUGUGAUUGUGUUAGUUGAGUUGAGGAACGUGUGCUGGGUGUUUUGAAACGUUUUGUUGACAUGGGACAAUUGAUUUCAUCCCAAAAUUAGUGCAGUAUUUGCGGAGCUGCUUGAGGACACGGAGUCGACGAAUUUUUGUGCUGUGUAGGUACCGAGGUGUACAAUGAUGGAUGUGGACCUGUUGAGACCAGGGACUGUCCCCAUAUCUCCAGACACUAUUUUGUGGUUUGAAUUCCUCUUGAACCCGGGGCUGUUGGAGAAACACAUCUCGAAGUCAUGUCCAGAUCCAUCACCAACAGAUCUGAUGAUAAAAUUUAUGUCGAUAAAUCUUGAUCAGAAGGACAGUGAUGUCAAGAUAAUCGAUCCGGAGCAGCUAGAAAAUGGAACAGUCACCAGAAAAUGGUCUCACAAAAGUGUGGCACUAAAAAUUCUGUCUUUGAAAGUAGCAGCUCACCUCAAAUGGAACUUGGAUAUACUCGAGAGAAAACUACCACUACCAAUGCAACUCACUUUUCUUCAGGAUCUGUUCUAUGUGACCGGAGACGUGAUGGUGGAAAUACCUAGUCUAUUGGAAUUUCCCCUGGAGUCUGUCAGUGAUCAAUUGCUCUUUACGAUUGUUCUGUAUCACAGGUGGAUUCUGAGAGCUAUCAUUAACAGGGCAUUCAAUAGUAAACCGAAUAAGGCACAUAUGAUUCACCUUCCAGGAAUUCAAGACACAUCAUUCUUCUACCUCGGCGUUCCCCCAACUCUCAUAGACGAGAUAAUGCGAAAAAUCGAGAUGCAAACAUCGCACAGCCUCGAGGUCCUCAACAAAGUCCUCCAGAUGCCGAAUCUCAAGCCAAAAAUUCUGACCUUCGACACCUUCCAGAUACUCACUGAAGACACAACUGAAAUAAAACAGAACUGGGAGAACAUGAGGAGCAUCUCUGUGGAAGAAUUUACGUGCCAGAUUCACUACGACUUAGCUACGUUUCACAUGCUGAGAGAGGAAUACACAAUGGUUAAGUACCACGUCUUCCUCGCGAAGGAGCUCUUCGACACUCUGGAAACGAAAGAAACGUUGCUCUACUGCCGAAUCCAGAAGGAGAAUCUUGAGGGCUACUGUCACGCCAGCGAUAUAAAAAUCCCCGGGACAAUUUUGGGAUUGACCCAGCAAUUUCAUGCCUCUGUUAAAGAUCAGUACUGCAACAUCGUGGAGAUACUGGAAAAGGACAAUAAGCAACGGGAGAUCCCGAUGAUCUACCGGGAUAAUUUGGAGCUCGACAUACAGGGAGGAUUGAUCAAUCGAAGAAUGGUUGCUUCUAAGGAUUUACUCUUGAAGAUUCAGUGCUUGAAUCUCGUUAGAAAGGUCUUAGACGGCGACGUAGUCCAGAACAAUUUCCUGACAGAGCUCAAGUCUCCGGAAUCAAAAGGUCUCGACGUUCUCCUCUCAUCUUUCGACAAUGCCCUGGUGAGUCCCUCUCCUACCGACAGAAAACGAAUUUCCAGGUACUUCCUGUACCUCGUAAUGAUGGUGGGCAUUCCAGAGCUUCCAAAACAUCUGCUGUCCUCCGAAAAAUACCGUGGCCUCUUCACCCCCGAUGAGCUCAACGAAAUCGAUCGAGAAGGAUCGUCAGGAGAUCUCGAUCUUCCCCCCUUGUUGCUCAAUGACGACUGGGGAGUGUCCUUAACUACCUAUACCCAGAGCCCCAGGUUCAAAAUGGCAGAUUUGGAGCGUCAACUGACCCUCUCCUACGAUCCUGACGAAAUUCGAAAGAUCUUGAUAAAUCUCGAUGGAAAAAAUCCUACGAAUCCUCCUUGGAGGGUCAGUAGCAGAUGGGAACUACCAAUUCCCUUGCAGAGCGUUGUGAUGGCCCUUCCCAGAAGUCUUUAUCAGGAUUUUGCUUAUAUUCUCCUGGCGAAGACCCGGGAACUAGUCACAUGUAAGGACUUUGCAGGUGCUAAAGUGCUUUUGACAGCUCUUGAACAAGACACGAAGAGAGAGAAAAAUUCUCAGAAUCCUAUGAACCCCAUGUACAAGCUGCUGAAGCUCAUCAGCUGGGAGUACAUUCUGGUGGACAUCUGGAGCUACCUGAAUAGCGUGCCACCAGGUCAACUGUCGGAGGGAGAGGCCAGCAAACUCGUGGAGGACUGCAAGCAGUGCCUGGGGAGCCUUCAAGCCACUGAUCAGGUCAUUCCCAGACAGGAGGUCAUCGAGUACUGUACAGUAUUCCUGUUGAAUAUGGGAGAAUGGGAGUAUCUGGCGAACCUCGAGAAGAGGUGGAGCCACUGUGAAUUCUCGUCAGCUAUCAGUGUUGUUUGUCAGGAUGUUGUCAAGUUCAAGGGGUCCAAGAAAUUCCCCAGGGAGGCCUGGGACAUGAUUCUGCAAGCGUUUGGACCCAACAGGGAUCAGCCUCUCAAGAGGUCGUCUUCAGGCGCCAACGCCAGUGGAAACUUCAAUAAGGAUCUCAUGGCGAACAUAUCGGGGACAUUGUCGAGGUUGAGGGAACCCACUGCAUUGAGUGUUGUCAUAUCGUUGCUGACUAGACUUCAUAAUGUGCUGAGGGAUGAGCCCAGCUUAGAACUUUACACGCAACACUUGACUCUUUGGCCUGCUAGCAUUCCUAAUUCUAAUUCAUAUAAUAUUAGGACCAUUGCCGAAUUUUUGUUUCAACUGCUGACGCAGGCACUCAAAUUUUAUCCCACUAAUGUGUCCUGGCUGAGGGUCAUGGGUGAUCUUAAUUUUGUUCUGGGCUAUUACGAGUCAGCGAUAAAAUACUACUUGGAAACAAUAAUGGUCUCGAGUGAUUUAUUCAGUCAACAAGUGCCUCGUCCCCUGCAGUCAGUCUACUGGCGCAUGAUAAAAUGCUGUGCACAUCUUCAGUGUUACACUCAAGCCACUGUUCUCUGUCAAUUUCUGGAGGAGGUGAACUACGGCCUAGCCUUCAAGAUGGCAUCGAGCGAUCACAAGACUGUGGCAACAGCAGAUGCCAUGGACGCUUACUACCACUGCAUAUGGGACGUGACAAUUCUCGAAUUUUUGAUUCACCUCCACUCGAAGCGAGGGGAACAUCACAGAAAGCAGUUGGCGAUUAAGAUCAUUGGAUUAUUGGAGCUUAAUUCUAACAAUAAUGAGGAGAUACAGAGGGAAGCUGCAAAUAUACACGAACCAUUGAUUGAAAAAUGGGAGAGGCAAAUUUUUAGGUUUCAAUAAACUGGUAAUUUUUGUGUAUUAAUUCUCCAUUGAUUGAAUUAAUUAUUUUUUCAUAGACACGUCUAGUAUCUUAUCUGUAAAUUGCCUACGUAGUAAAAAAAUUGAUGUCACUCAAUUUUUUAUGGAUAAAUGGAUUUAUGGAUAAAUGGAUUUAUGGAUAAAUUUACAUUUAUCCAUAAAUUCUC